CAUGUCUUCGUUCCAUAAUAUAAUUAUCUAUUUUUCCAGUCAAUAUUUAUGAUUAUCUUUUGUAAAAAAACCCAUCAAACCCGGUCUAUCCCAACUUCCCAAGUCAAGUUUAACGAGAGUUGUUAAACCUCAUGUGCAUUGAUUGUGGGAAAACGUGAUCGGUCAUACAAUACAAUGCACUUCAUACAUCACAAUGAUCAUCACAGAUUGGUCCAUGAUGGACAGAGUCCUGUCCAGCUCUAAGUGCAAUGACAAACACCUUCCAACUUGUGCACUUGAAGAAUCAGUUAGAUUUACAUAUCAUUUGUUGCGGAGAUAUAGUUAGAGCAAGUUCCGAGUCAAUUGUCUUUCAGUUCAAUUUUCUCCACCUUUGCGUCUUCCUGGGUUCCACCAUCCCCGUCGUCAAUGCCUGAAAUUGAGAGAACAAAACACAUGCACCAGCUCAGCGACAACAAACAAUGCACGAUCAAUUAUUAAAUUCACCACAUUUUCAACGAAGACAGCAGGGGAUGUCGGUUUGGUCAUUUUCCCACGUUUGAAAGGAAAGCAGGACGGCUAUCAAUCUCCUGCCCGCACCCUGCCUGAACUCUUACACUAUCCUCUGGCAAAUGGCAAAUUCCUUCUUUCCAUUUCACAAGGCUGGGGUUGAAGAAGAACUGAAUACUGAUAACUCCUUUCUCUCUCUCUCUCUUCCCCUCCUAUGUUCUCUUCCCGCAUUCCUCUGUUUCUCCACUCCCUCCACGUCUGAGAUAUUUCCCGCUAAACAGCCGACAAAAAUUUCUUUUUCAUAAGAAUCCAAACUGCCCUCUGUACAAAUCACAUCUGUCGUCCUCUGAUUGGCUGCCUGGUCCCUCACAUUCAUCAUUAUUGUCCGUCUCUUCGGUCUUUCCCUCGUUCAGAAAAAAAAAUUCCCCUGCUUUUCUGUUCUUCUUCUCCUCUGCUCUUACGCAGAGGAUAUCCAAAUUCGCCCGCCUCCUUUGGUUAUCUGCAGACUCUCGGCUUCCUAUUGAUUCCUCCCCUCCUAUCGUGUCUGCAGAUAACCAUUUCGGUUUUUCCGGCAAUGGAGUUGGUUCCAUACGCCGACCCAGAUUCCAAGGCGCCGGAGUCUGUUUCUUCUUCUUCUUCCUCUUCAACUCUGCCAUGGCAGGAUAUGUUCAAAUCGGCCUCAUUUCGCAAACCCACCACGGCGCCCUCCGGCAAGCCUCCGAAUCCAUCUGGGUCCUCUAAUUCGAGCGACCAAACUAAUAAAGACGCCACCUUUUUGGGGGAUCCCCAGGUACGACUCGCUCUCUGCAUAGCCAUGGCACACGCCGGUCUCGCCUUCACAAUCUUCGUUCUCUAUUUCGUCUGUAAGCUCCUUCAGGAGUAUUUGCGCCCAAUUCAGUGGGCAAUUUUGUGCUCCAUACCCUUGAGGGGCAUUCAGCAGGCCCUCGUUUCAUUUUGGGAGGAGCCUCUCCAAUUAGGGCUCACUGAGACUGUCCUCGCUGUCCCCAUAGCAAUUUUCCAGGUUUUCGUAGGGACCCUUGUCGAAAUUAAAGAGCUUUGCCUUAGGGUUUUACAGAAAAAGCCCAAAAAGGAACGAAUCAAGAGGAAUCGAAGUGGGUUUUCCAAGCUAGUGAGGUGGUUGGUCUCAUUUGGUGUCUUUGUAAUUGCCUAUGAGAACAUAGGUGCUAUGGGGGCGCUCUCCAUUCUAGGUUUGGGUAUCUUGUGCAGUACAAAGACUGUAGAUUCCACAUUCUCUGCUGUUUCUUCUUUUAGGAGCAACAGCUUUAAGCGCAGUCCGAUUACUGCAUUCUUCACUAGAGGGAUAUUGAAGAAACUCAAGACAACAGUUGCAGUUGGCCUUAUUAUUGGCAUGAUUGUCGGAUUCUUAGUUGGGUUGAUAUUCUUCUCAUACAAGAUUGGUGUUGAAGGGAAAGAUGCUGUAAUUUCUUUAAAAUCUCAUGUGGAAGAGAGCAAUUAUGCUGAGAAGUUUGGUGUUAGGAAGUGGAUGGAUGAGAAUGAUGUCCCUGGAAUGGUUGAUAGGUAUACAACCACGUUCUAUGAGACAGUUUCUGACCAGAUUGAUAGUCUUGCAAUGCAGUAUAACGUCACUGAAUUGGUCACAGGGAUCAAGCAUUUCAUCAUCACUCCUCCAACCAAUUCUUCUUUAGAGCAAUCAGCUCUUAUGAUGAGCCCACCUCCUUACACUGAGAAGCUCAUGAGCUUAAGAAAGAAAGUUAGUGACCGCCAAUGGGGAGAAAUUUACACUGAACUGGAUGCAAUCUUCAAGGAACUGAUUAUUAGCCGUGAGGAUAUACUCGAGAAGGCGAAAGGGUUUGCUCUUCGAGGGAUGGAUGUCUCUCAACGUGUUUUUGCCAGCAGUGCUUCAGUGCUAGGGGGAGGUGCUAAGCUGAUGCUGUCGGUUGGGAACUCGAUCAUUUCUGGAGCAGCUGAGGUUUUCAAUUUUGUCUCCAUGUCGAUGGUUUUCUUCUGGGUUUUGUAUUACCUGAUCACAUCGGAGUCUGGUGGGGUAACCGAGCAGGUGAUGUGCAUGCUGCCAAUGAGGAAAUCAGUGAGGACAAGAUGUGUCGAGGUUCUCGACAAGGCCAUUUCGGGUGUUCUCCUGGCUACAGCUGAGAUUGCAUUCUUUCAAGGAUGUUUAACAUGGCUAUUGUUGAGGCUGUAUAAAAUCCACUUCCUGUAUGUGUCUACUGUUCUUGCAAUCAUCAGUCCUCUGCUGCCGAUAUUUCCACCAUGGUUUUCCACGAUUCCAGCUGCUGUGCAGCUGGUGCUAGAGGGCAGGUAUGUUCUGGCGAUCAGCCUGUCGGUGAUUCAUCUUCUGCUUAUGGAUUAUGGUGCUUCAGAAAUUCAGGAGGAUAUACCUGGACACAACGAGUACCUCACUGGGCUCAGCAUCAUUGGUGGAAUGACAUUGUUUCCCUCCGCAGUGGAGGGGGCAAUCAUGGGUCCAUUGAUAACGACCGUUGUUAUCGGCCUCAAGGAUUUGUAUGUGGAAUUUGUGUUAGAAGAGCCAAAGAAAAACUGAGGCGAUUAAGUAAAAAAAAGAGAAGGAACAAGGUUUGCUUGCGGUCUUCUUCGUGUUGUGAAGUUGAAGUGUAUACUGCUAGGAUCCUUGUAGAAUGUUGUUUUCUUGGGGCACCUAUUGUUCAGCAUUUUCUUAGUGGUCUAUUGGUUUCUUUUACUCUGGCUCGGUGUACAAAAUCAUGGUAGCAAGUAGCAACUGUUGCUAAUGUAUGUCGGGGCUGCUUGGUUUGGUAUUGGGUUGGCUAUUGGCCUGAUUGUAUAUGUUUCUGGUAAGUUGCAAGUUGCAACUCUCUACUCCUGUUGUCCUUUUGGGAAGAAAUUGCAUUUUUGCAA